UGACCAAAAAACUACAAAUUCUAGAAUGCCUUGCGGCACAACCAGGAAGACAACGUCUGUAGACAGGAGGCGUGUUUAAUACUCAAAAGUGCUGAAACAUUUUACAUUACUCACAAUGCCAACAUCUGCAGUAGUGUAGAGCUUAAAUAACUAUUUUGAUUCGUUCUUUUUAACCUUGAAAAUGAAUACGAUUUUUGCAAUCACUUUGGUGUUUGUUGGUUGCUGCAGCAAUGUUGUGUUUUUGGAACUUUUGGUCAGGGAUUUCCCUGGAAGUGGUAAUAUUAUCACAUUUUGUCAGUUUGCCUUCAUUGCAUUGGAGGGCUUCAUCUUUGAGACGAACUUUGGACGCAAAAAGCCACAAAUUCCCAUGAGAAACUAUGUGAUUAUGGUGGCCAUGUUUUUUACUGUAAGCGUGAUUAAUAACUACGCUCUCAACUUUAACAUUGCCAUGCCCCUGCACAUGAUCUUUAGAUCAGGCUCUUUAAUUGCUAACAUGAUACUCGGUAUUAUCAUCUUAAAGAAACGAUACUCAAAGAGUAAAUAUCUCUCCAUCGUGCUGGUAUCCAUCGGCAUUUUCAUCUGUACUAUUAUGUCAGCCAAACAAGUGAGUGAUGAGAAGGGUGCCACAGAAGAAGAGGGAGUUUAUGCCUUCCUGCAUUGGCUUCUGGGUAUCGCCAUGCUGACUUUCGCUCUGCUGAUGUCUGCGAGAAUGGGCAUUUUCCAAGAAACUUUAUAUAAAAAGUUUGGCAAACACUCAAAAGAGGCGUUGUUUUACAACCACUGUCUACCUUUACCAGGCUUUCUUCUGCUGUCAACCAACAUCUACAACCAUGCGGUGCUCUUCAGCCAGAGCUCUCCAGUGGAAAUCCCUGUGAUUGGUUACUCAAUGCCGGUCAUGUGGUUUUACCUCAUUAUGAACGUCAUCACACAAUACGUGUGUAUACGUGGCGUGUUUAUUCUGACCACCGAGUGCACAUCGCUCACUGUUACAUUGGUGGUGACGCUACGCAAAUUCUUGAGCCUCAUUAUAUCCAUCCUGUACUUCCAGAAUCCAUUCACAGCCUGGCAUUGGGUGGGGACAGCUGUGGUAUUCCUGGGAACGCUGAUCUACACGGAGGUGUGGUCCAGCAUUAGCACGGCACUGAAAGGAGAGAAAGUUGCCAAGAAGUCAAAGUAAUUUACAGGUUUACAGGAAAGCAGUGUGAUACCUCUUUAGCUCUGUGUGAGCGUGUUUGGUUGGUGCAUUGGUUUGUGUUUCAUCAUCCGUGUGUAAGUGUUGGUUUGAAAGGUACUGUUAGGCCAAUUUUAUGAUGUUUUUGAGCCAAGCGUGUCUGUUUGUGCAAGAAUUUGUGUGGUUUUUCUGCAGAGAUUAUUUUUUUUUAAAGAGAUGGAAACUGUUGUUUCUGGCACCAUAUUUAAGCACUCUCACAGAUCUACUUCAUCGUUUUAUGAAACUGAAUGUGCAACGGUUCAGUUUUGGGGUCAAAUUCAACAUUUGUAGCUGCUGUACAGGGUUUAUUUAGUUAACGUUAUCUAAAUGUUAGUGGUAUUUAUUUCAUUUACAUUUUUAAACGCAGCCAGUUUCAUUGUUAGGCAUUGAUGGCCGACUUUAUACCUGUCUUUAUUCAGGUGUGAAAAUAAAACAAGACUACAAAAACA